UAAGUUUAAUCAGGUUUUAAAAAUCUAUUUUAAUACGAAAAUGUUGCGGUUAAGUUUAAGACUCAAAUUUAUUGUUAAAAAAAACUAAAUUAAAUAAAUUGACGUUAAAAUGUCUUUUUUGCGGACAUGGAUAUAAAAUGGAAAACGUGACUUUGGUGGAUUUUCUCAUUUGCUUCGGACGUUUAAUUUGGUAUUUAAUUGGCUUAUUUUUAGAAUUAUCUUUACUUACAUUUACAAUCUCAAUUACCGAGUUAUCUAAAUUCUCCUUAUCUGCCAGGAUAAUAAUAAUAUUUCUUUCAAUCGGUUUGAUGUUAAUGACAAUGUCUCCAAUACAAAACCCGAUUAAUUUGUAUGACGGAAUUGAAAAUGUCAACCGUCAGAAUAAAUUGUAUGAAACGUUUGAGAGGCAACUGUAUCAAGGAAUAUAUCCGCCAGUUAUUGGUGAUGAUUAUCCGAAAACAAUAGGCCGGAAAAUCAUGGAAAAUAAUUCACAUGAAAGUUUAAUGCUGUUUUCUGGUUCGUUGGAUGAUUUUAUUAAAACAGGACAAAGAAAUUCUGAUAACAACAACAAUAAUAAUAGAAAUGGUGAUGAGAAAGUGGAAUGCGUAUCAAUAAAAUUUCUCAGUGAGAAUAUAAGUCUCGAUCUCGAAAAAUCUACUCGUGUAAUUGAAAACAAGUUAUGUGAAAUGAAUAAAGAAAUAGAAUCCAAAGAAUUUAUUACCGAGACAGAAUUGUCAGAUGAAUUUCGAGUACGUGAUUCGUUUGUGAAUAAAAUUAACUGUGAUAUAAAUUCUUUAGUUGAAAAAAUAAUUGAAUUUGUCCAAGAAUUUACGCAAUCUUUUGACAGCACCGAGUAUGAAAUUUCUCAAAACUAUUCAAGUGACACUUUUGUUCAAGUUAAUGAGCUGCGCUCGGUCGUAAUGUCCACGGAAAUAUCUAAAAUUGUUUUAAAGUCAACUGUUGCUAGUGACAUAAAUAUAAAUAAAUAUAACAAUAACAAUGAUAAGAAAAAAUUUAUAAAUUCGGGUGGAGACGAUGAACAACUCGAAAAAGUUAUCGUUGUUAUUAAUCCAGACUCUACAUCAGAAAUAACUGAGGACACUGUUGUUAGCGAGAAAAGUUGGGAACAGUUUGAACGUGUCGAAGAAUUUUAAGUAACUUUGGAUUCAUAAAGGAGACUGGCUUUAUUUUUUAUUUAAAAUUUUAAAUUUUAAUUAAAAAACGAAAGAAAAAUUUCCUGCAUUGGAAUUAUUUUUUUUCAAAACCUCGGAGGAUACUUUCAAGCGGUGGAUAAAAAGUGCAUUAGCAUUAUUUGCAUUAAAAAGAAAACUUUGCGGAUGUGUAAUACAUAAAUUUAAAAAUAAAAAAUGCCUAAACU